AUGAAGAACAAGGGGAACGCCAAGAAGGCUGAUAGAACGGCCGAGCGGCGCGGAGCAGCAGCAGCAGCAGCAGCAAGCACGCGUACAGCAGGUUCGGGUGGACAGCAAGCAGACAGAGCCAAUGGACGAGGCAGCCGCGAGGCGAAACCUGGCCAAGCUGUACGUGGAAAUGGCAAGGGCCGCAAGGCGAAGGACGAGGGAGCCGUAGCCAUGGAGGAACGUGACCAAGACAGCUCCGAAGAGCUCUCGAACGGCUCUUCGAGCGAGGAGGUUGAUGACGAGGACGGAAGCGAAGAUGGCGAAGAAGGAGACGACGAUGGAAGCGACGACGACGACGACAACGAUAAUGAUGAUUCGGGAGAGGAAUCCGAAGAGUUUGAAGACCAGGGGUCGGACUCGGAUGACUCGGAGGAGAUGGAGCGGCAGCAGGCAGAGGCGGAGGAGGAUUCGGAUGACGACGAGGGCAAGGGCGGCGGCAGCGGCAAGGUGAAGCUUGACGAGUCGACUCGACAGACGUGGUCCAUGGGCUCUAGAGACGCCGAGAUCAAAGCGCAAAAAGGCGACGGCGCUCUGGCUGUGUCGAUGGCGAUGCACACGGACGAUCUCUCUUCGGACGAUGACGAGGAGAACCGGAACACGGUCGGCAGGGUUCCCCUGCAUUGGUACGACGAGUACGACCACAUCGGCUACGACCGGAGCGGGGGCAAGGUGAUGAAGCGGGCCGACGGUACCGGGAACGGAAUAGAUGCCGCCCUGAGCGCAAGGGACGACCCCAACUACGCCAGGACCGUGUACGACGCCUACAACGACCGCGAGGUGACCCUGACAGACCGAGAGCUGGAGGUGAUCCGCCGCAUCCAGGCCGGCGCCUUCCCGCACCCAGAGUUCCAGGCGUACCCAGACUACGUGGACUACUUCACACACGAGAAGCAGGUCAUGCCACUGGAGGGAGGAGAUGAGCCCAAGCGUCGCUUCAUCCCCAGCAAGUGGGAGAUGAUGAAGGUACACCAGCUGAUGAAGGGUAUUCGGGAGGGGCGCAUCGUCGUUAACCCCAAGAAGAAGGUGGAGGAAGACAGCUACGCCAUUUGGAAGGACGAUGACGACAUCCCAGAAAAGCACCGAGGACCGAUGCACAUCCCUGCGCCUAAGAUCCCCCUGCCUGGACACGCGGAGAGCUACAGGCCGCCGAAGGAGUACUUGCUGACGGAGGAGGAGCAGAAGCAGUGGGAGGAGAUGGAUCCAUCGGAGAGGCCAACCAACUUCAUCCCCAAGAGCUUCGAUUCCCUUCGAGAGGUCGGUGCUUACGGGGGGUUCGUCAAGGAACGCUUCGAGCGAUGCCUGGACCUCUACCUCUGCCCGCGGGCCUUCAAGCGACGUCUCAACAUCGACCCGGAGUCACUGGUUCCUCGCCUGCCGCGACCGAGAGAGCUCAAACCCUUCCCGAACGCCCUGUGCGUAGAGUACAAGGGGCAUGCGGCGAGCGUCCGGUGCAUCGCGUGCAGCGGGGACGGGCAGUGGAUGGCGACUGGGGACGAUAGCGGGGUGCUUAUUGUGUGGGAGGUGGACACGGCGCGGGCGGCGCAACGGUUCGAUUUGUCCGGGUACGGUGGCAUCGGUGCCAUGGAGUGGAAUCCGAACCCAGACCACCAUGUCCUGGCAGUCGGCGCCGGCAAGUCUGUCGUCCUAAUCGCUACGGGAACGGGUGGACCCGACGCUAGCGCUAUCACGGAGGCCCUCCUGCAGGCCGCCGGCAACGGGCCCAGGGUCAAGGUCGCGGCUCCUAAGGGGGGAGGGGAAGAAGCGGCGGAACAACAGCCACCGGAGGAAUCAGCCCCCGACCAAUCAGAUGAUGAUGAUUCCGAGGGGGUGGUGGGAAAGAAGGGUCCUCCCGUGAAGUGGGAGGCGUUGGUGGCGGCGACGGUGAAGGGCAAGGGGAGCAGGAGGGCGGCGGGGGCAGAGGGUAGUGACGGGGAGGUCGGGCCGAGAGUCGUCUUGAGAUGCGAACGAGAGAUUUGCUGUGUGACCUGGCACGGAAAGGGUGACUACCUCGCCUCCGUUUCAAGGGGAGAGGACCGUCGAGCAGUCAUGAUACACCAGGUCUCCAAGGCCUCGACGCAAUGCCCCUUCAGAAAAACCAAGGGAGAAGUGCAGUGCGUUAAGUUCCACGUGUCGAAGCCCUUCCUCUUCGUGGCGACCAAGCAGCAAGUCAGGAUCUACCACCUCAUCAAACAGAUGCUGGUGAAGAAGCUCAUCAGCGGGUGCAAGUGGAUAAGCUGCAUCGACGUACACCCCACCGGCGACCACCUGAUCGUGGGAAGCUACGACAGGAGGGUGGCGUGGUUCGACCUGGACCUCGCCAGCACUCCUUACAAGACACUCAAGUACCACACCAAGGCGGUACGGGCAGCGCAGUUCCACCGGCACUACCCGCUGAUGGCCUCGGCCGGCGACGACGGCAGCGUCCACGUGUUCCACGCCACUGUCUACUCGGACCUUCUCAGGAAUCCCCUGGUGGUACCGCUCAAGAUCCUGAGGGGGCACGAGGUUACCGGCGGCCUAGGGGUUAUGGCUCUGGCGUUCCACCCUCGUCAACCUUGGGUCUUCACCGCCGGCGCAGACGGUGCCGUCCGCCUCUUCCAGGACGUCUGAUGCCACACAAUGCGAAUACGCCGCCAGUACCUGCAAGUAGUUUGUUUUUACUUGGGCACUUUGGCGUGGUCAUUCGUCCGAAGAGGUCUCCCAACGAGACAUCUAUCUAUUAGUAUGAACUCCCUGAAGCCCCCAAGAUAUAUCUAUCUAUUUGUAUGCCUCCCUGAAGCCCCGAGGAUGCUGUUGCAACUAUUUCUCCGUCGGGUCAGCUCGCUUGCUCGAGAAAAGUAGAACGACCACGCCACGUCAUAUCGAGAUGUCUCAUAUGGGUGGUGUGAAGUGCUGAAGCUGACGUUGUUAGCCGUGGCGCAAAUACUCGGGCCUGUUGCCCGCUGCGAGACGGCUGGUGGAUCCGCUCCGCGCUGGUAGUUGCUGUUUCGGGUGAACUUGCGUGGUUUCCCAUUUGCUGACU